GGCCCGCCGGGGCUCGGGUUACCAGUGACUGACAGCGUCUCCAUGGCGAAUAAUUUGACUCCGACUAUUGUCUGGCGCGGGCAGGCCCCAGGUCAGAUAACCGGACCAAUCAGGGCGCGGGCCGCCGCGCCUCAUGCCCGCUUAGAAUAAUAUUAUUAAAAAAGCUGCGAGCGAGCUAGACGGGAGGGAGAGCAAGCGAGAGGCGAGCAAGGGAGCGGCGGGCGGGCGCGGAGCAUGCGGAGCGGCGCCCCGGGCGGCCCCCGGGCUUGGGCGAGGGCGCAGAAGAGGCGCGCGGGCGGCCGGGGCGCGGAGCUGCGUGGGACCCGCGGCCGGCGCGGGGACGUCCUGCAGUGACUCGGGGCGCGCCGGGAGCCAGCGCCCGGCCGGGGGGCCCGCCCCGCCCGCCUCUCGGCUCUGACGGCCCGGCGGGGAGGCGCCCAUGCAGGACCGCGCGGCGCGGUGAGGGCGCGCGCGGGCGGGCGGGGGCGCAGCCGGCACCAUGUCCAUGCUGCCCACCUUCGGCUUCACGCAGGAGCAAGUGGCGUGCGUGUGCGAGGUGUUGCAGCAGGGCGGCAACAUCGAGCGGCUGGGCCGCUUCCUGUGGUCGCUGCCCGCCUGCGAGCACCUCCACAAGAAUGAAAGCGUGCUCAAGGCCAAGGCCGUGGUGGCCUUCCACCGCGGCAACUUCCGCGAGCUCUACAAGAUCCUGGAGAGCCACCAGUUCUCGCCGCACAACCACGCCAAGCUGCAGCAGCUGUGGCUCAAGGCGCACUACAUCGAGGCCGAGAAGCUGCGCGGCCGGCCCCUGGGCGCUGUGGGCAAAUACCGCGUGCGCCGCAAGUUCCCGCUGCCGCGCUCCAUCUGGGACGGCGAGGAGACCAGCUACUGCUUCAAGGAGAAGAGCCGCAGCGUGCUGCGCGAGUGGUACGCGCACAACCCUUACCCGUCACCGCGCGAGAAGCGCGAGCUGGCCGAGGCCACCGGCCUCACCACCACGCAGGUCAGCAACUGGUUCAAGAACCGGCGGCAGCGCGACCGGGCGGCCGAGGCCAAGGAAAGGUACGAGGAGAACAGCGAAAACGCCAAUUCCAACAGCCAUAACCCGCUGGCUUCGUCGCUGAACGGCAGCGGCAAGUCGGUGCUGGGGAGCUCCGAGGACGAGAAGACGCCGUCGGGGACGCCGGACCACUCGUCGUCCAGCCCCGCGCUGCUGCUCAGCCCUCCGCCGCCCCCCGGGUUGCCGUCCCUGCACAGCCUGGGCCACCCUCCGGGCCCCAGCGCAGUGCCCGUGCCCGUGCCGGGCGGAGGCGGUGCGGACCCACUGCAGCACCACCACGGCCUGCAGGACUCCAUUCUCAACCCCAUGUCGGCCAACCUCGUGGACCUGGGCUCCUAGAGCGCCGCUCGCCUCGGCGCGUUGCCCUCCGGGCUGGGCGCCGGGGACCCAGAGCGGCGGCGUCCGGAGAGGGCGCCCGGCGCCGGCGGCCCCACCAGGUACUUCGAGACCCGCGCAUUGAGCGGGCAGAGCCGUCGGUCCCGGGGAAGAGCAGAAGGCCGUCUGUUUUGGUCUUGGUUCGGGAUUUGUUUUCAACAGGUUGCUUUUGAGAUCCUUCCGGGGCUGGGGCCCCGGGAUGGGCCUCGAACCAGGAAAGGGAAUCCAUGACACUCCGCUCCCGUUCUCUCUCCCACCCGUUGUCUCCUCCUUUCCUUCCUUUUUCUUUUUUCUCUUUUUCCCUGCGUGUCUGGCUCGCCACCUCGUGUGUAUGCUUGCGCGUGUGUUUCUCUCCGCUCUUUUCUCCCGCCAUUCCUGCGCUCCGUAUUCUGGCCCCUGGUUCCCACCUCUCUCCCCUCUACACCCUGUUUCCCACCCUGCCCCUCCCUCCCGUCUCCUACCUCCACGUUCAGCAGAGGGGGAGGCAGAAGAGGGACGACCCGGCUUUUGAAUGCUGAUGGUCUCCAGCCUCCCCCCACCCACCACACGCGUGCCCCAGGAGUCUGUGGGAGCUGCAGGUGUCAGCUUUUCCUGCUUACUUAAGCGAAAGAGAAAGGGCGGCGCCGCAGACGCCCCUGACCUCCCUGGCCGCCGGCCUCUGCCUCCGCGAGGCCCCGCGCGCUGUGCUCUCCCCGGUCUCCCGGGACGGUGGCCACAGAGUUCCCAGCAGAUCGCGCCUCCCGAGCCGCGGACUUGCCGUCCCCCUGUUAACGCCCUCAUGUGAAUGUUCCUCGGGAAAUAUUUCUGCUUUUAUUUUAUAAUAAAAUUAGAAAUCAUA